AUGUCUGAUCCAGAUGAUGAAGAAUGGAAAGAGGGUUUUGAGGAUGAAAUUGAAACAUCUACAGAUAGUAGUGAUGGUGAGAGUGAUGGAGAUUCUGAGCAUAGUAAAUCAGAAGAGGUAGAGAGUAAGGAUGAGUUGGCUGCUCUUGCUGAUUAUUCUAUUCAAGAGGGAUUUGAAUUUCUGAGACAAAAAAAUGAAAAGUCAAGGGUUACUCUAAUUUGUAAAGGUGAUGGGUGUAUGUGGAGGUGCCAUGCUUUACCUAUUGAUGAGGUGGGCACUUAUAUGAUUAAAACAUAUAUCUCAAAGCACACUUGUGUCAGAGUUAGCACAAAUAAUAAUGCAACAUCAACAUGGAUGGCCAAAAAACUUGAGGACAAGUUGAGGAGUGACCCAGAUUUGAAAAAAGAGACAAUGAAGCAGUUGUUGAAAGACAAAUGGCAACUUGAGCCUCACAAAAUGCAAUAUUAUAGGGCUCGGGUUCGUGCAAAGGAGUGGAUUGAAGGAUCACAUGCUGAGUCAUAUGCACUUUUGCCAAAGUAUGGAAAUAAGUUAUUAGAAAAAAAUGCAGGGAGCAAUUAUGUGAUAGAAUCUGAAUUGAGAACAGUGCUAUUGAAAGAAGUAAGACUAUUCAAGCGCCUGUUUAUCUGCUUUGAAGCAUGCAAGAAUGGAUUCUUGAAUGGGUCAAUUUCAGUUGAUGGGAACAAUGGAUUCUUCCCUGUUGCUUUUAGUGUUGUUGAAUCUGAAUGCAAGGAUAGCUGGAUCUUCUUCUUAAAACACUUGCAUGAUUCAAUUUAUACAGAAAUGGAGUUGCCUAUCACAUUCAUGACUGAUAAACAAAAGGGACUCUCCCAAGCAAUAGCACAGAUAUUUCCAUAUGCCAGCCACAGGCAUUGUGCCAGACAUCUGUACAACAACUUUAAAGUGAAUUAUUCUGGUGCACUAUUAAGGAGCCAUUUCUGGGCUGCUGUCAAAGCCUACAAUCCCAUUUAG